CCUCAGGCUGCAAUCGAAUUUCACUUGGGCUUGCCUCCUUGCAGCGUGAGGCUUGUUCAUCUCACGGGAAAAUUCGACGAUCAAGGCUUAGAUCGGCCUAAGCGACAUAAGCCAUUAUCGCAGAGCGUCGAUGGUAUCUUGGCCACUUGGGCCCGAGCUCUCUUAUGUCGGACGGGCAAACCGCGAACGUUCAAUCGCAGAUCCGGGGGUAGGCGACCU